GGUUGCGGCCAUGGAUAAGCGACAAGCGACAAGUCCCGCUACUUCAUGGUUCAUGCAAAUUUAGGUUAUGUUGUGCUAGCGUUCGCAAAAAUUUUCUCUUGUUUAUUAACAUCUCUCCGUCUUCACAUCUCUCAACUUAGCAGCCUUGAUGAACAAGCAUGUCCGGUAGCCAAUCAUCCGAUAGCUCCCAGUGUUCUCCCAGCAUUUUAAGUAGUCUUGAGCGGUUCAAGCACCAGCCAAAAACUACACUAACAGACUAUUUCGGUAAAAAACCGACAGCAGUAACACCUCUGACACCUCUCGAAGUCUCGCGCACAUGCAAUGGCACAGAGAACGAAUCGACAGAAGAAAAACAUUAUUUAGACCUUGACAAGCAAACAAAACCAGAAAUUCCGAAUGGACACAUUAGACCCAAUUUCGCUGAUCCUCUCGCCAAAAUCGGUUAUGGCAUUAACUCCAGUCAUCCCGGUUUUAAGUCUCCUAGUUCUUUGUAUUUUGAGGGUUCACCCCAGCCUUUAGCCCAGCCAAGCCCAAAGCCUUUACAUAAAAGCACGCUUGAUAAAUUAAAAAACUUUCGCAAAAACUUUAGCGCCAAACAAAGAACUAGUGAUAGAAGUGAAGAUGUGACAAAAAGCUCAACCAGUAAAGCUGAUGUCUCGGGUCCUGGCUCCAGUGAAUCAUACCAGUCAAGCAGCUCGAGUUCUGGUCACUCUUCGAAAGACGGAAACCAUGAUUUGUCAAAGAAAUCUUCGGAGGAUUCAACAAGGAAAAUUGAAACGAUUUCCGACUCUGAUAGUAAUCCGAGUCCAAGUAAGAACACUCCCUCGACUCCUGAAAAAACAACUUUGACAGGGAGUUCGUUCGGUUCACCAAAGACGUUUAAUGAUACUUUUGCAAGUUUCGUGCAGCAGAAAGCCUCUGAAAACCAACAGUAUCAACACAAUGUUGCACACUGCUCUGACGACAGCCCCAUCAAAAGUAUCAAGAAAAAGAGAAAAGUUGUGAUAAAUGAUGAUUCGUCAGAAGAGGAAGAAGAAGAACCAAUAGAAAAACCAAAGAAAAAACGGCGGGUGGUCCAAGAAAGUGUCUCUGACUCCGAUGAGGAAUCCUCGAAGAAAUCCAAGAAGAAGGCCAAAAAACAAAAACAAAUCAUUGAGAGAGAUUCUGAGACGGAGGAAGAAAUGACUGACUCAGAUGAGUACGUACCAGAAGAGUUGACUAGCACAAUGAAAAUCAUGAGUUUCCUAUCGGAAAGCCCUCUCAACGAUUUGAAGCAAGUACCAUCGAUGACGCAGAGGAAAAUCGACAUUAUCACAGCAAAACGGCCAUUUAAUGACUGGUUUGAACUAGUGACCCAUUUAAGGGAAAAUUCAAUUCCAUUAGGCCUGCUAGAAAAUGUCUCAGACUUGCUUCGAGCGAGAGAAGCUUUUUCCUCGCUCAUCAAGAGAGUUUCCAAGAUCUCAGAGAAGACGCAGCUAACAAUCAAAUCAAAUGAAGGGAAAAUGACGAAACAACCUUUGCUGCUAAGCCCUGAAUUACAGCUAUCAGACUAUCAAGUGAUAGGAGUAAAUUGGCUAGCAGUUCUGCAUUCCUUAGAGAUGGGUGGAAUUUUAGCAGACGAAAUGGGUCUUGGAAAGACCGUCCAAGUUAUAUCCUUUCUAGCUUAUCUCAAAGAACAGAAACUAGUGGAACAUCCUCAUUUGAUAGUUGUUCCUUCCUCCACACUUGCUAACUGGGAAAACGAAUUCCGCAGAUGGUGUCCGAGCAUAGGUUUCCAAGUUUAUCAUGGUACGCUAGAGGAAAGGAGAGAAAUGCGUUAUUUCUGGAACAAAGAGGGUUUUGGAGACACUGAAGUCAUUCUAUCAACGUACAAUUGUGUUGGCAACAACCCAGAGGACUCAAAAUUCACCAAAACGGCUAAAUUCCAUUACGUCGUUUUUGACGAGGCUCAUAUGUUGAAAAACAUGAACACCCAAAGAUAUUCAAGGCUCUUCCUAAUCAACGCAAAGAAUCGACUGUUGUUGACAGGAACACCGCUACAAAACAACUUGUUGGAAUUGAUGUCGCUCCUCAACUUCACCAUGCCUCAAGUUUUCAGACAAAAUAUGGAAUCGGUCAAAUUCAUUCUAGGCAAAUCGACUAAACCUAUCACGGAAGACUCGCCUGAUUUUGAGAAAGAGAAGGUGGAUCAAGUGAAGAAGAUCAUGGAGCCGUUCGUGUUGCGGAGGCUGAAGCGCAAUGUACUAAAGCACCUACCAAGGAAAGAUGUGUCUGUGAUAAAAUGCACAAUGGUUCCUGAACAAGCGUCCAAGUAUAACGAAUUGCUAGCUGAGUUCAAACAGACGGAGAAGUUCGAGAAUCUAUACAUGACAAUGAUCACGUCCCUUAGGAAAAUGGCAAACCAUCCACUCUUGCUGCGAUACCAUUAUGAUGACGGCAAAGUGGGAGAAAUGGCCGAGUGUCUGGCGCUGGAUCCGGACUACAAAGAUACCAACGUAGAGUACAUCGUACAGGAUUUAGUUUUCAUGUCUGAUUACGAGCUCCAUCAACUUUCAGAUAAUUUCAAGUGCCUUCGAUACGAUCGUUUCAAAUUACCUGAGUCAUUGUUCUUGGAGUCGGGGAAAUUCCGCAAGUUCGAUGAAGUUUUACCAAAUUUGAAGAGAGAGGGGCAUAGAGUUUUGAUUUUCAGUCAGUUUCUUAUGGUCCUAGAUUUGAUAGAAAAAUACUUGACUGCCAACGACCAUACGUAUAAGAGAUUAGACGGAUCCACCCCAGUUGUUGAGAGACAAGAACUCAUAGACACAUUCAACAAGGACCCUUCGAUAUUUUGCUUCCUCCUUUCAACGCGUGCUGGUGGUCUGGGUAUCAAUCUGACGGCUGCGGACACUGUGAUCAUCCAUGAUAUAGAUAUCAAUCCUUACAAUGACAAACAGGCAGAGGACAGAUGCCAUCGUGUAGGACAGACGAGACCUGUAACCGUACUUAAACUCAUCUCUGAGGAUACGCUCGAAGAGGACUUGUACAAAGUGACAGAGGCCAAGCUCAACUUGGAACAAGAAGUCACUGGGGAAGUGGAUGAGGCUGCUGAGAAAGAAACUUUUGCUGUUUUGCUGCGCCGGGCAUUAGGACUUGAACAAAAUACUGCUGAAAAUAAGUCAUGACUUCCGUCGAAGAAGGAACGAAUCGCUGCUUUUGUAGAAUCAAGUGUUGUGAGAUAAUUAUCUAAUCUCAUAUCUGUUUACAUGUGGAGAAACAUUAUUUUAUCUUGUUUACUGUGCUAGCGAAGCACAUAAAAAAUACACUUCUGGAGUGAGUUGUACAUAUUCUCGUUUUCAUUGUACCCCUACACUAAACUAGGGCAGUCUUAAUCUUUACUAUCUAGUUGUAAAUCGACUAUAAUUUUAGUUUUCAAGCAGUAAUCCUAACUUUAAUUAAUUAUCCUUGUUAUGUUUACAGCCAUGCAUUUACCGCUGCACAAGUAUCGCUACAAGCACAAGGAGACCAAUUAUUUUCACGUGUUUUAUCAAAUGUAAUUUUUUCAGCAAAAAAGCUUGAAGGGAAUGCAGUGUAGUGUACACUUGGUAACCUGUAUGAAUGUUAUACGCAUGUAUGAUUACUAUGACGCAUUUAUGUAGAAGGAGUCUAUCUAUUUUCGAAGGUACAAGAAAAAAUAUACACAUAUUUAAGAGAUAGGUUGAUUUUUAAAAUUUAAGUUUAGAAUCUGCUUUGAGCGAAAUUUGAACUUUGGAUAUUUUCAUUGGUUAUUCUAAAUAGUGGACGACUCAACGACCGAGCAGAUAAAAGGUUUUUUUUAAAGUUUCAUGGAGAUAGCCUCGUAUUGUGGAAUGUGAGAAUUGCUUAAAAGUCCUUACACAGGAAGGUUUGGCUUUUAACGGUGUCUUGAGUAGUUUUUAAAAGCUCCUUGUUCUGAUACUGAAUAAUCCUCUUUCGAUUUAUUUUGUGUACCUUUCUUUAGAUAGACUCCUUUUAGUGGAUCACGUCUAACUUUUUUUGUUUUUAUCUUCGUCUGUUUGAGUUCCCCUCUAUUUUAUUAAUUGUCGUUUUAUACUCUGAAGAUCAGAAUCAGUUUUUAUUUUAUUUAGCAAUUUCUCUUUCCCAGUAAUAUUUUAUUACAUUUUUCCCUGAUCGCUUGUUUUCUUCCUCCCUGAUCUCCUUGAGAUUGAGCAAGUUGAUGAUGGUUUCAAUGUGCAAAGAGAGCUAUCAUUCAAAAAUCGUUGUUCCAACUCUGUACAUACCUUUGAAAAUCCAUGUUUGGUUUUACGACAGCAUUAUUUACGCUUUCAUUCCUAAUUUGUACCUGUGCGUUUUCCUAUUUUUAUGUUAUUCUCUUCAAUCGAUUUGUAAGCUGUUUUGUAAAAUAAUGGAAUGUGGUAAUAAAUUAAUUUUCAAGUCAGUCAA